AGGCUAGUGGCUGUGGCGCCGAGAUCCCGCUCCUCUUCCCCCGGCCGUCGCUUUUGAGUUCCGUCCUCUCUUCCCGGUUCGCCGAUGUCCGAGGAGAAGGCCAGCAGCCCUUCAGGGAAGAUGGAAGGCGAGGAGAAGCCGGUUUUCUGGACCUCAACACUUGACAUUGUGUGGACUUGAUACUCCUUUGGUGCUGUCUGUGCAUCGUUGGAUGCUUGGCAACGUCCCUGGCCUCUACCUCCUAGAUGACAGUUGCACCCCCAAGUCAUGACAACCCAAAACACCUGCAGACAUUGUCAGAUGUCCGCUGGGGCGUACAUGGCUUCUGGUUGAGAGCCACUGGUGUAGACCUGCUCUGCUGCUGGCUGCCUCUUUGUACCGGACUCCUAUAAAACUUUCUGUGACUCUGUGUGCUUCCAAUGGAAGUCCACAUUCCUUAGGGUGGGUGCCGGCCAGGAGAGGCACAAGGAAGACGGCAAGAAGAAGAACAAAGAAGGGUCUGGAGAUGGAGGGCGAGCGGAGUUGAAUCCUUGGCCUGAAUAUAUUAACACGCGUCUUGAGAUGUACAAUAAACUAAAAGCAGAACACGACGCCAUUCUGGCAGAAAAAGCAGCAAAAGAGAGCAAGCCCAUCACAGUCACUCUGCCGGAUGGUAAGCAGGUGGCCGCGGAGUCCUGGAAAACCACGCCUUACCAGAUCGCGUGUGGCAUCAGUCAAGGCCUGGCUGACAACACUGUUAUUGCGAAAGUGAAUAAAGCUGUCUGGGACCUAGACCGUCCUCUGGAGGAAGAUUGUACCUUGGAGCUUCUCAAGUUCGAGGAUGAGGAAGCUCAGGCUGUGUAUUGGCACUCAAGUGCCCAUAUAAUGGGUGAAGCCAUGGAAAGAGUCUAUGGAGGAUGUUUAUGUUACGGUCCACCAAUAGAAAGUGGAUUCUAUUAUGACAUGUACCUUGAGGAAGGGGGUGUGUCCAGCAAUGAUUUCUCGUCUUUAGAGACUUUAUGUAAGAAAAUCAUUAAGGAAAAACAAGCUUUUGAAAGGUUGGAAGUUAAGAAGGAAACUUUACUGGAAAUGUUUAAGUACAACAAGUUCAAAUGUCGGAUAUUGAAUGAAAAAGUGAAUACUCCAACUACCACCGUCUAUAGGUGUGGCCCCUUGAUAGAUCUCUGCCGGGGUCCUCAUGUCAGACACACUGGCAAAAUUAAGGCUUUGAAAAUACACAAAAAUUCCUCCACAUACUGGGAGGGGAAAGCAGAUAUGGAGACCCUCCAGAGGAUUUAUGGCAUUUCAUUCCCAGAUCCUAAGUUGUUGAAAGAAUGGGAGAAGUUCCAAGAGGAAGCCAAAAACCGAGAUCAUAGGAAAAUUGGGAGGGACCAGGAACUGUAUUUCUUCCAUGAGCUCAGCCCUGGGAGCUGCUUCUUCCUGCCGAAGGGAGCGUACAUUUAUAAUACGCUUAUCGAGUUCCUCAGGAGUGAAUAUAGGAAACGAGGAUUCCAGGAGGUGGUCACCCCAAACAUCUUCAACAGCCGGCUGUGGAUGACCUCGGGCCACUGGGAGCACUACAGCGACAACAUGUUCUCCUUCGAGGUGGAGAAGGAGCAGUUCGCGCUGAAGCCCAUGAACUGCCCGGGACACUGCCUCAUGUUCGAUCAUCGCCCGAGGUCCUGGCGAGAGCUGCCUCUGCGGCUCGCCGACUUUGGGGUGCUGCACAGGAACGAGCUGUCGGGGGCGCUCACGGGCCUCACGCGGGUGCGGCGGUUCCAGCAGGACGACGCGCACAUAUUCUGCGCCAUGGAGCAGAUUGAGGAAGAAAUCAAAGGCUGUUUGGAUUUUCUGCGUACAGUGUACAACAUAUUUGGAUUUUCUUUUAAACUGAACCUGUCUACUCGGCCAGAAAAAUUCCUUGGAGAUAUUGAAGUCUGGAAUCAUGCUGAGAAGCAACUUGAAAACAGCCUGAAUGAAUUUGGUGAAAAGUGGGAGUUAAACCCUGGCGAUGGAGCUUUCUAUGGUCCAAAGAUUGACAUUCAGAUUAAGGAUGCCAUUGGGCGCUACCACCAGUGCGCAACCAUCCAGCUGGAUUUCCAGUUGCCCAUCAGAUUCAAUCUGACGUUUGUGAGUCAUGAUGGAGAUGAUAAGAAAAGGCCAGUGAUUAUCCAUAGAGCCAUCUUGGGAUCCGUGGAAAGAAUGAUCGCCAUCCUCACUGAGAACUAUGGGGGCAAAUGGCCCUUCUGGCUGUCUCCUCGCCAGGUAAUGGUAGUUCCAGUGGGACCAACAUGUGAUGAUUAUGCCCAAAAGGUGCAGCAACAAUUCCAUGAUGCUAAAUUCAUGGUGGACAUUGACCUGGAUCCGGGCUGUACAUUAAAUAAGAAGAUCAGAAAUGCACAGUUAGCACAAUAUAACUUCAUCCUGGUUGUCGGUGAGAAAGAGAAAGCCAGCGGCACGGUGAACAUCCGCACGAGAGAUAACAAGGUUCACGGGGAACGCACCGUUGCCGAGACCGUGGCGCGGCUGCAGCAGCUGCAGCAGGCCCGCAGCAAGCAGGCCGAGGAGGAGUUCUGAGGACGGCCCGACGCGCCCAGCGGGAGAGGAGCAGUCUGUCUGUGGUGCUCAUUCGCUGUGCUCUGGAGAGCGUUGAUUUGUCCUGAACUUGGAUUGUGUGGCAGAGUCUGCGUGGGUGACUGCAGGGAGGAACCUGUUUUGACCUCGACAGGUUUUAGAUAAUGUGUAUCUGCUGGAGAUAAUUAAAAGAGACUCAUUUAAAUGAUUUUAUCCAUUCAUUACCUGAGCACUGGAAAUAGAUAACAAGGAAUGCUUUAGUGUGAUGAGGGAGAACAUUUUUUUUUAAUUUAAUGCAAUGGAAAAAUAAGUUUUCAAAUUUGAUUCGGGUAAAAUGAAAGAUUAUAAUUGGAUUAUGGCAUAAAAAUAAAAACUUUAACUUGUGUAAA